AUGAUGAUUUCAUUGGAUGUACAUCUGCAAAUGGAUAAAAUAAAUUUAUCUAGUGUGCAGGCACUUGUAGAAGCCUUCGAGGGCUCGGUAUCUGCGGAUUCAGAUCAUCGCCAUAAAUGUGAAAAUUAUUUGAUAGAAUUUUCGAAGAAUCCGGGGGCUAUUCCUGUGUUUCUGCAGAUCAUCUCAUCUCCACAGUUUGAUGCUGCGGUACGCUUAGCAGCGUCGAUUAGAAUGAAGAAUCAUGUCAUAUCGCAUUGGACAGCGCCUGAAGAAGAGAGUAAUAAGGAUAAUGAUAUUACCAUCGAUGAUAAAAGGUGUCUAUUGGAGAAUAUAUAUGGAUGUAUAACAAGUGCUGGCAGUAAGGCAUGUUCAAUACGUCCACAAUGUUAUGAAACACUACGACAUGUGUUGUUUAACGUUGAAAUACAAUCGCUAGCUACCCUUUUGAGUGCUAUAAGGGUGGAUUUAGAGCAGAGAAACGAUUCUGAUAGGUUAUUCUGCGCGUUGUCGGUCCUCAGAAAAGUAAUGGCUAAGUAUGAGUAUCAUGGAGCACCUCAGUUACAGGAAGUUAAUGAUGCUAUAGAAGCAUAUUUCCCUCUGUUACUUUCAAUUGCACAGGAUUCUUCCAAAGUGGGUCUGCAAAAUGAUGAAGCUGCAACUCUAAUACAUUUUGUACUGAAGAUUUAUUUUUCAUCGGCAUUGUUAACAUCACCUUCUACUCCAAUCCUAAAAGAUUCUUUAUCCCAUUGGAUUGAACUUAUUAAAUUUGUUCUGACUAAUAAUUCGCUGAAGAAGCAUCUGAAUGACAACAACCAACCAAUGGUCCCAUUUACGGAAUUGUCCUACAGCAAGGAGAAGGAGAUCAGCGCAUUACCGCAAUUCAAAUGUUUGAAAUGGGCUCUUAGGAUUCUUAAUAGAUUCAUAUCUAGACAGAAUAGUGAUUUUAGUGAUAAUGAAAUCAAAAGGGCCUUUUUUUCAUCUUUCACAAAUAAUGGACAUGCAACUGGAUGUGCUCACCUACUUAUUAAUCUCUUAGAUUGUGAAAAUAAUGGCUCAAUAACGCUUACAAACUUGACUCAUCAUUCAAUUUGGCUUUAUCUCAAGCAUUCGUUGUCAUGCCCUCAUGCUUAUGCAAAUGCUAUUAAACCACACAUUAACAAAAUUGUAUCUGAGUUUUGCUUAAAAACAUUUUCUUACACACUUGAGGAUGAGCAACAAUAUUAUUCUGAACCGGAGAUGUUUAUUCAGACUUUAUCUGAUGUUUGCUUUCAAUUCUAUACUGGUCGAGGAUCUGCGUCAUCAUUUUUGAGUGAGUGUGUUGAAAAACAGCCAGAGGAUUUUUUGCCACCGAUUUCUUUUCUUGUUCAGGAGAAAAUUAAGAGUAACGAUCCUCAGGUAUUGUAUGCUGUAAUGUCACUCCUUGGUUAUGUAUCGAGUAAAAUCGUUAAAAGAGUCAAAUCUAGACCAAGCAAACAAAAAAACAAGCUCAAUCAUAACUGUCAAAUUGAUGGAGAGGCAUUUCUUACCAACUGGGUCUAUAAACUCAUGGAAUCUGAAAAUUUUUGGUUAAGAAUGCGUGGGAGUUGGUUAAGUGGAUGUUUGGCUAAAAGAGUGCAUAUUUGGAGGAAUCCAGAUGUUUUACAGAGGAUAUAUCUGCGUCUACUGGCUCUUUUGACGGAUCCAGAAAUAAUAACGUCCGUUUUAGCUGCUGGUGCUAUAGUUGAAUUUGUUAAAAUAGAAUGCAAAGAGUUACAAGAAGUGAUAGUUCAGCAGCUUCCAUAUCUUUUAACUUCUAUUUUCAAAAUAAUUGAUAAAAUAGAACUAGAAAGUGUAACAUCCGCUCUAGGCGAUAUUGUAGAUCUCUAUUCCGAUGAGAUUCUUCCAUUUGCAUCAAAAAUAGUAACUAACAUAGGAGACGCACUAAUGAAGAGUUUGACAAUGUCUAAACUGAAUAUAUCAGACUCUCCAGACGUAGAGGAGGGUAUGCUUGUUCGCUGGAGUAUGUUGCAGACUUUAAACAAUAUAGUAUGUUUGGUCACAGAUUCUGAUUCCAAUAAGAAAACGUGUACUAUGGAAACUUAUAUUGCUAUAAUAAACCACGUUUGCUCAGUCCUAAAGACAAUUUUUAAAGCGGAUCCUGAGGAGUGCUGCGAUUAUCUCGACGAAGCUGCCCUACUUCUUAAUAAUAUUAUUAAAAUGGCAGACCCUAAAAAGUUGGGUGAUGAUAUUUUUACUGCUCCUGAUGGAAAAAGUAGAUCUGGAAUAAGUUUCCAGCAGUUUUGGCUUCUUUUUGUUGACCUAGCAGAUUUAUUGGAAAGUUUAACAGAUGAUGGUGAUCCUAUUAUGGAUAUGAUAAAUGAUUUUUCAGUAAUUAGACUUCCGCUAUGCACUCUUAUAUCCAAAGAUCCGCGUAAAUUUGACGAAACUUAUUCGUUACCUCUUUUUGGUCUAUGUGGUAAAAUAUAUAGUAAUGAAUAUGUCGAAGAAAGUUAUCAAAUUUUGGCGGAUACAUUUGAAACUGGUAUGAAAAGCCGCUGUUGUGAUAAAAUAUUGCUUCCCACAAUAAAUCAUAUUUCGAAUAACAUUCUUCAGAUAAUAAAUACUAAAGACAUCGAUUCUGCGGCAUAUGGGAAUAUGCAACUAUUGCGAUUGGCUUCGUUAGUACUAAUAUAUUAUGUUCAAGGUUCACAAACACAACUAAAUGUUACUCUUUUAGUCCAGUUUGUGGUAAAGUUUUCACAAUUUGUACGUUUAGAAUAUCUGAAAAAGGUGAUAAUCAUAUGUAUAACCUCACUCGUUAGGUCGGGUAUACAUACUGUAGACAAUAUUUCUCUUGUUCAAACUCUUUUAACCCACAUUAGAUCAGAAAAUGAAGAGAGUCCUAAGGAUUCAUCAGAAUCUACAAAGAGCAAAGACACAUCUAAGACUAUUGAUUCUACACUAGGAAAUAUUGAAGAUUACACUGAUAGUGACUAUACAUCGGGUGAAGGUUACACCGAUGAUUCAGAUUGGUCAGACUAUUCUGAUGACGAAGUUAUUGAGACUUCACCAUUCAAAGAUAUUAAUCACCUGCAAUUUGCUAAGGAAACACUUGAGGCUAUCCAUGUCACUAGAAAAUAA